AUGGCUGCCGCCGGCCAGGCUGAUGAGUGUUCACCACUGCCGGCGGCAGCCCCAUCCAAGCCAGCCUCUCCGGCUUUACCGCCAGCGGUUCCCGCCCGAAAGAAGAUUAAGAAAUGUCUGGUGUAUCCGCACCCCCCGAGGAGCUCCCGCCUGUCGCGUACGGUCCUGCGCUGGCUCCAGGGGCUGGAUCUCAGCUUCUUCCCUAGGAACAUCACCAGAGAUUUUUCAAAUGGCUACCUAGUUGCAGAGAUAUUCUGUAUAUAUUACCCCUGGGACCUUAGAUUAUCUUCCUUUGAAAACGGAACCUCCUUAAAAGUCAAGUUGGAUAACUGGGCACAGAUAGAGAAGUUUCUAGCAAAGAAAAAAAUUAAACUACCUAAAGAACUAAUCCAUGGAACAAUUCACUGUAAAGCCGGGGUGCCUGAAAUACUGAUCCAGGAGGUGUACACUUUACUAACACAUCAAGAAAUUAAAUGUGUCCAGGGUGACUACGCCAAUUUCACAGACUAUAGUUACCAGAUGCGCUUGCCGCUCGUUCCCAGGUCUACAGUUUCAAAGUCUAUUAAAGAUAACAUUAGGUUAUCGGAGUUACUGAGCAAUCCUAAUAUGCUCAGCAAUGAACUCAAGAUAGAAUUCCUCUUCCUCUUGCAAAUGUUGCAAAGAAAAUUAAGCAGAAAACUGAACCCAGGGUGGUUUAACGUCAAACCAACUGUGGGAGAAAUUACAAUUGAUCAUCUUCCUGCGCAGGGCUAUGGGCGCAGAUAUAAACCAAAGGUUUCUAAGGAAAAACCUGUGUCUGUUUUACAAAAAUCAAGCAAUGAUGACAAUAUACAUAGAGAAAUUCAGGUGAAGCGAAGUGGAACACCUUCUUGUGAGUCUGUUAAAAAACCCAUGAGAAAUGUGGCAGAAACAGCGAUGGACCCCUGUGAAGUAUCUUUGAAGAAGUAAUGUCACUAACACCUACCACAAUAUGAGAACAUAAUGACCCAGUCGUGGAAGUAUUUAAUUAAUAAACAAAUUGGUGUCUUAGCUGUAAUUGAGCUAAAAAACA